GAUUAUUAAACAAUCUUGAGUUUAUUAAAAAAAUAUAUACAUAUUUAUUUUUGGUUUAAAUAAAAACAAAAUGAAGUGGUUAUUGUUAUUGUUGAUUGGUGUAGUUUCUAUAAGAAACGCUAUUCUUGCACCAGAAAAGAAAUUACUUUGUACACAUUUAUAUAACAAAGUAUCACAUUUAACAAUUGAACAGCCGGAUCCAGAAGCAAUUUUGGAUAACGAUGAUGAACAACAUUCUGAUGAUAAAAAUUCACAACAAAGUAAAAAUGCUGCUCCAAGUAUAUAUGAGACAUACGAUGAAUUGGGUGGAGUUAUUCAUUAUGAAAAAUGUGGAGGGUCGAAUUUUUGUUACGCUUUAUGGCAAACUGAAAAUGGACCUAAUGGAACCAUUGAUGUUAUUAUGGGACAAGGCUGUUGGGCUGGUAAUAAUGGCAAACAAGAAUGUGAUCGUUCAAAAUGUAUAUCUGAUAAAAAACCACCAAAAGCAGCAAACAAUACAAAAUUUUGCUGUUGUUCCGGGCAUCUCUGUAAUCAAAAUUUUACUGAUGCAUAUAUACCCUCUGAUGAUGAUUUACAAGAUCCGAAAGUUUUAUUACCAGCCAGUGAAUAUUUAGAACAAUCACGACGUGAACAUCAAAAAUUGAUAAUAAUCGUGGCAUGCGUGUGUGUAUUGAUGGCAGCUUUAGGAAUAAGCGUUGUUGUAUACCGUAUGUGGCAUAUUGGUUUGAUAUCAUCACCAAAUAAUAAAAAUCAAUUAGAUUCUGUGAAUUUAAUGGAAGGUGGACCACGUUACACUAAUGGUGUAUAUAGUGUUGAUCACUUAAAAUUAGUGGGACGUGUUGGACAAGGGCGCUAUGGUUCAGUAUGGAAGGGUACCGUUAAUGAGCAAGAAGUUGCUGUUAAAAUAUUUCCAGCACAUUAUCGAAAUUAUUUUUAUAAUGAACAAGAUAUUUAUUGUUUGCCGUUUAUGGAUAAUCCAUGUCUUUUAACUUAUUUUGGAUGUGACGAGCGUACUAAUAUGGAAGGACAAACCGAAUACUUACUAGUACUCUCAUAUGCACCAAACGGUUGUCUACAAGAUUACUUAAAAGAAAACACAUUGGAUUGGAAUACCUUUUGUAAGAUGGCAUUGACAGUAGCAAAAGGUUUAGCGCAUUUACAUACUGAUAUUAUUAAAGGAGAUAAAGUAAAACCGUGUGUUAGUCAUCGUGAUUUAAAUACACGCAAUGUUUUGGUUAAAAAUGAUUUAACAUGUUGUUUAUGUGAUUUGGGUUUUGCAAUGAAAAUAUCGAAUGCCAAAUAUUUCCAAAAUGGUGAAGAUCCACAUCAAGAACCAAAAAGUUUAAGUGAAGUUGGUACUCUACGAUAUAUGGCACCAGAAGUACUUGAAGGCGCUGUAAACUUACUAGACUGUGAAUCAUCAUUAAAACAAAUUGACGUAUACGCAUUAGGACUUGUAUUGUGGGAAUUAGCAACACGAUGUACAGAAUUAUUUCCACCCGGUAUUGAAGUACCUCCGUAUAAAUUACCAUUUGAGAAUGAAGUUGGUUCACAUCCAACAUUUGAACAAAUGCAAACGGUGGUAUCACGUCGAAAAGCACGUCCACUAUGGCCACCUGAAGCAUGGAAUGGUCGUUGGGGAUGUUCGCCAGCACAUCGUCUGGUCCGUGAAACUACUGAAGACUGUUGGGAUCAAGAUGCUGAAGCACGUUUAACUGCAUUAUGUGUAGAAGAACGAUUACAUGAGCUACCGCAUUUAAAAGAUCGUGGAAAUCGUGGUACCAUAUAUACGUCAACAGCUGUUAGUCCGACAAUAAAUCAAACACAGAUUUCGAAUCCAAGUGUGAUUAAUAAUAACCAUAUUAAUACGAUUACAUCAGCACCGAAUAUCACUUUACAUAAUUUUAAUCAAGAGUCAACUGGAGGAAACUCUAUUAGUAUAUCAUCGAUUGGGAAAGAUGCAAGUGAAAUAUCUGAGGGUACGAUUGAAACUGUCUAUACCAUGACACCUUCUGAACCACCUAGUGAACAUGGAUAUAAAAAUUCAAAUCAAACUGCACAAUAUAUUCAACAAAAUCUCGGUACACAAAUACCCGUAUUACAACCAUUUCAAGGCCGCAAUCCAUGCAUGGAACGUAAUUUGUUAAUAUCGAGUAAUUCAACAGAAGAUAUUCAAAGUCAAAAUACUUUAAUCGAUAAAUCAUUUAAACAUUUAUCAACAUAUUACAAUAGUGAAACACAAGGAUUAAUUGGACAUGAUUAUUUAAAUCAAAAUGGCGGUCCACCCCCUUCAUUGGUUAGUUCACCACCUAUAAUCUCAAAUGGUUUAAAUCAUCAUCAAAAUGGUACAAUUGUAAAUUUAACGACAAAUCGUCCAGCUACACCGAUACCAUAUGUACAAAAUGUUGUAUACGAUAACAUACCAAAACCGAUGCCGAAAACACAAAACAUUUCUGGUAGUAGUUCAGCAUUAAAUGAUCAACAAAAUUCUACAAAAUAUGGUAUAUUUGGAUGGAGCGGUUGGCGAAAAUUACUAGAUAAAAAAUUAUUUGGUCGUGAAAAAUUAGAUAGUGUUUUAAUUGAAGAACCUGAAGUGAAAUCAAAUUUAUUAUCAAAAGAAGAUUUAAGGCAAUCGGCACAAAAACAGCCAAUUAUCAUGGAGACACAAGUGAAUUUAGUUACAAAUAAAAUGGUUAAUGGUUUAUCAAAACAAAAUGGUAGUGUGGUUACGUCAAUACUAAAUACAGAACAAACAGUGGCCUUAGAACAAAAUAAAUCUGAACAAAAACGACCAUCAACAUUACCUCUGGAUAAAAGUGAUAACACCAAAUAUGUCCUACCAAAAAAUAAUAGUCAUAAUAUAUUAAUCCAUAACGAAUCAAAUCCAUUAUCUAAUCAAAAAUUUACAAUUGUACCAAAUCCUGAUUUAGAUAAUUUAAAAAAUAAUGAAACCGAUGAAAAUGCACAUCUGUUAUCACCAUUAUUAACAAAACAAAAGAUAUCUGGUAUAUCACAAGUGAUUAAACAUCGUCGUAAAUCACUAAGUCGUGAAGGUUCAUUUGAACAAUUUAAUGAAGUUUUUUCAAGUAACACGGAUUUGUCACGUUUAAAGGAUCCAACACAACGUAUUAAAACCCCUGGUGAUGUACCACCUUCGGUACGACGUAACCGUGGUCGAGCUAAUUCUAGUAAUUCAGCACGAUUUUCAUUGUAUGAUGAUCGUAUGAUGUCUGUAAAUAAGUAUGAAGAUGAGAAUUGCGAACAAUCGUGGUCGAAUAGUGUGCCUGAUGGUAUUGGUGUAACAAUUAAUUAUACAAAUAAUAAUAAUAAUAAUCAAAAAACACCACGGGGUGUUGUAGAAAGUUUAGUUAUUGCUAACCGUACAGAUAGCGUUAGUAGUUUUUGAUUUAUGUAAAAUUCAUUCGGUUUACAAUAUGUUUACUAAUUCAUAACAUCCGUUUUUAUUGUGAGUUUCUUUCAUUUGCAGUUUUUUAAAAUCAACUAUAACUCAAAUUGAACGAAUUCAAUUUUAAUGAUACAAUACUCUACCGUAGACGAACUAGUUGAUUGAGUUGAAUCUAGAGAUUAUUCUUUUUUUGCAACGUAUUAGAGUAUGUCAUGAUUGAAACGUCUUUGUGUUCGCUGAGUUUACAAUGUUUUAUGAGGAAUUCCGUCAAUAAUUGUUUUUGUUUGAAGUUCUUGUACGUCUCGUUUUUUUCUCAACUAAAACCUCUUUACUUAAGCCCUAAGAUAUAAUUGGUAGACUAGAAGCAAGAUUUUUUCCUAACUUCUUUCUUCCAGAUACAUUUCCAGUAGAAUUGAUCUUGAAACAAUUUUUAGUGCUCUGUCAAUAAGUACCAUGAAUUAUUAAAGGGGUAUUCUGAUCUAGAAGCUUAAAUUAUAGGCGUUUUUCAAACUAAGAUUAUAAAAAAAUGAAAAACAUUUUUAUGGCCAUUUUUUCAUAUAUUUAUUGACAUUUUGAGGCCUACAAAAAAAAGAAAAAAAAAAAACACGACACUCCGAUUGAUACGAGUAAAGAUGUUGCUAUCGUCUGAACCACAGAAAAAAAAUUCAUAAAAUGGCGUCGAAAUGGAAAAAAAAGAUUGUUUUGACCCCAAAUUCUUUAAAAAUACUCAAAAUUUUAAUUUUUUUUUAAAUCCAAGGUUCAGGCGAUAGAGGCAUUUGUAAAGAAGAUUCCCAUAAAAUUUAAAAGGAAUCGGAAGGUAUCAUGUCAAUCACCUCGAAAAAUGAACUUUCGAAAAAAACGCGUUUAUUACUCACUCAUCAAUUCGAAUUUCGUUACCAGAAAAUCCGCUGUAUCUCCGAAAAUAAUUCGGAUUUCUUCAAAUUUCUAGACCAGAAUACUGCUUUAAAGCUUUCAUAUUAUGAAAAAGUGAAACAAAUUAUGUUGGAGUUUAUUAAACCCCAUUGACUUAAAACGAAAGGGAAAAUUCAUUUCGGGAAGAAGAAAAGCCAAGUGAGAGGUGAAAUCUGAAGAAUAAGGUGUUUGAUCUAAUACGGUAUUUAUCGGUCUUUAAUAUUGAUCACAAUUGUUGCUCUAUACGAAAAUCGUCAGACAAAAAUCACGAAUUGCUUUUCCACAAUGUUGAUUGUUUUGGCGAAUUUCCUGAUGCAAACAUUUUAAUAAACUCAAAUAAUAUUAUUCAAUGACCUAUGUUGUUUAGUUGACCUUGUUUAGUAUUAUUUAAUGAUAUCCAAAAAUUUAUCAAACCAAAUUGCAAAUAUCAAAGAAUCAAUGAGCCGAUGCUCAAAACAUUUUUAAUAAUACACAAUUUGAGAUAAACUCUAUGUUCAAAGUAGUGAUUUAAUUAUCUGCUAUAAACUAAAUGGUUGGUAAAUCGUGCUCUUUUUAGGGUUUUCGUAUAGCUAUUUACGGAAAAUCCUGAAAUAAUAAUGAUGCUUUUUUCGGACAUGGACUUAAAGUUUAUGUGUAAUCGUAAAUCGUAACAAAGAAAAGAAAUAAAAAUUUGUAAUUUGAGAAAACCUAUUUAGAUUAUUAACUAAUCGACGGUUCUUGACUUUAGCAAAACUCUGAAGAGGCAUUUAUUUCAAUAAACUGCAAAUAAAACAAACUCCGCGUGAUAAUUAAUGAGGUAGAUGACCUUUUGAGAAAGAUUUUGCUCAUAAGCCGACAAGAAUUUACAGAAAGUAAAUUUUCUUAU